AGAAAGCACUUUGGGAACGACCACCCCGACCUGGAUGAUGGAGAAACUCCGUAGAACGCAACUUUCCAAAAAGUUUUACCUUGCUCCGCGGUGUCUUGAAAUCAGGAAUGAAGGAAGGCAGCAAAGGGCUUUUAAGAUUCUGAUUUACCACCUGCAACGUCAAAAAACCCGAUCUGUGAUGACAACAAUGCCAAUUCUAAGGAGCAGCUUGGGGUCCGCAGACCAUAAUGUCGCAAAUGAGCUUUCUGGCAUGCACGAAACAAUAUUUUCCAGUGAGAUACUGCCUUCUGACAUCAGUUCGACAGAGGUGGUUGUGAAAACUGGGUAUCAGGACCCCCUAUACCUCAGUGCCGCCCACAUUUUCCAAAGCGUCCGUAAUGAAAAACCUGACGACAAAAUCCUGGUGAAAUAUGGCACCGGCCCAUUGCCAUCUCUUCCGGAUUUCAAAGACGAAGAAUCCCAGCGUUUGUCCUACGAACUGGCGUUCAGCGCUCUAAAAUAUCAAGACGUUUUGGAAUACAUGUUGAUAGACAGCGGCGUUUACCCAUUGCAAUCCAUAUCUGAUGACCUGACCAGCUUAGUCGUGGUGAUGCUGUAUGACCUUCAGGACCGGAAGUUUGAAGCGCGCUCGAUUCCUGAGGACGAAGAAACCGUAGCAGAAGUUCAAGAAGUGGAGCGUUAUCUCUGCAGUUCUUUUUCGCUUCCGUAAUGUGCCGUUGUUAAUAACACCUGUGGUUUAUUGCACAGUCUGGAAGAAGUUCACAGCUUCUUACAGAAAGAAGGCUUCACCAAAGUACAGUCCAUCUCCGAUUUUGAUGGUGACACGUAUUGCCUGGACAAGCACUGUGAAGACGGACUCAUUUUCCCAUCCUCUCUUAAAGAAAAGCUGCUGACCUUGGAACUCUACACUGAUCACAAGCUCCUCUUGCAAGAUAACUCCCGGAGUCUGGCUGUACAUUCGGUGAAAGCUCUGUUGAAUAUGGACGAUGAUGUUUUAAUUGCACAAAUGGGGUCCUGGCUCACUGUGGCCCACAUGUCAGUGCUGACCAAUCAGGACACUUCCCGGGUGUUUGUAUGCGGAGUGAAGUCUGCAGCCAGAGAGGCUGAAUUGAAGGAUCUCUUUGCGCGCAUGGAGUGUAAAAAUAUCGAGCUGCUUCAUGAAGAUUUUACCAACAUCGAGCCCACGUUUUCCAAGCUGCAGAAAGUGAAAGUCAUAUUGCUCCUGCCUCGCUGUUCUGGCCUGGGGGUCAGCAAUCCGAUUGAAUUUAUUUUAAAAGAGCACGAAGAUGCAGAGUUACUUCGGGACCUGUCUCAAGGAUCGGUAGCUGAGGACAAACUAAGCACUCUGGCUCAACAGCAGCUGAAGGAGCUGACCCAUGCCAUGCAGUUUGUUAAAGUACAAGCUCUGAUCUACUGCACCUGCUCGUUGUACCCAGAAGAAAACGAAGUGGUAGUGAACAAAGCGUUGGCAUCUGGAGCGGAAGGAGCAAAGGCCCAGCCGUACAAGCUUUGUCCCCCAGUUCUUCCUUUGUGUUCCAAGUCAGAAGUCAACGUCUCUGAACAGAACUUCUUCCGGUUGGAGCCCUCAGAGAUUUCAAAUAGCUGUUUUAUUGCGGUUUUAACCCGAGAGCGCGAUCCAUCUGAAUCGGUGUCCGUGAAGGACGUUUUGGCUCGUGCCGCGGCCAAAGGCCUGUUGGACGGGAUCGACCUGGCCAAGCCAUCCAAGAGAGAAGAGAAAAAGAAGAAGAAACACCGAGCCGCCCUGUCGAAGAAUCCAAUUAAAGAGGCCGUGAUGCAAUCCCGGAUUCAGGAGUUCCUGGAACGAGAGAUGAAAUCUGGGACGAUGGAGACUGCCUCUCCCGGAUCAAAGGUGCCUUCCAGCAGCUCUCAGGUGAUGAACCAAGCCAGCGAGCCCAUCACCUUGAAGAAAGCGACCAGCCCUCUUUCGAACUCAUCUCUGCCCAUAAUGGCCAAGAAUAAUCUCACCGCCACCUCCACCAUGCAAAAGGUCUUGGAGAAACAACGGAAUGCCGGGAAGGCCAGGAACGAUGACCGAGUCAUGAUUUUGAAGCCGGUUGAGAUUGUCCUCCCCCCGGUGAUGAUGCCGUAUUUUAACCCCCAAGGGAACAGGGCCCAGAUUUCCACGAACCACUGUUACUACCGCUGGAUCGGGGCAAAACACGGGGCACUCAGCCCUUCGGCAUCCAAAAGACUGAUUAAGUCCAAAGAGCCUUCCUCGUCUACGGCAACCAAGCACUCUCGUCCGUGGCUUUGAAGUUUGACUGCCAUCUUGGUUUCUUUUGUUUUUGUUCUGUUUUUCCACACACGCACACACCCCGCAGAAUUUGAGACCGAUUUUCCUUUUAACAAGUCAGCUCCUUGAAUAUCGUUUUGGGCCCUAAAGUGCUUUUAGAAAAGAAAUUGGAAACCUGGAUCUCUUUUUGAGGUAAUUAACAAACGAGCUGUUUUACAGAUUAACAAACGAGCUGUUUUUUUAAAAAAUUAUUAUGACGAUGCCAUGCUUGCAUCCAGUUUCGGUACCUUUUGAAUGUCAACACCCCCCCUCCCCCCCCCCUAAAAAAGCACACUUCGAUUAUCAUUGGAGGGAACUUUAUAUAAAGUUUGAUGCGGGCUAGAGCUAAUUAGUUGUUAAGCCAGGACAGACCUACUUGUGUCUGAAUGGCUUUGAAGCGACUUGAAUUUGUAAAGGUGAACUGUAAACGAAAACCGGGGCGGGGGGCUACAUAGAAAAAUAAAAGAGGCUUCAUUUUUAAUCACCCCCCCCCCGAGAUAUUUCAGAUCAUUUUUUUUUUCUUGGGAAUUGGGAAUGCGUUCCCUGUUUCUGACUUUAGUUUCUGACUUCAACUGAUCUUUGUAGAGACUCCCGCUGGAUUAAAAGCCCACUCGUAAGAAAGAACCGCCCUUUGAAAAGUACAAACUGGCUUUGGAAGAGAAAUCCUAACUAAACAACAGACAUUUGGAUUUCAAGAGGCUUUUUUUCUGGCGUUGGUGUCACUAUUAACACGCUUUCCUUCAGCUUCCACGUGAUCCCGGGCUUCAUUAGCAACUCAGUAUAAAUCAUCAAGUUAUUAACGCCGUACGGUUGACUGGAAACGGAGCAUAUUAAACAAUUCCUGAUUAA